ACUGUUGACAUUUACUUUGUCCAGGAACAGGCCGGGCUCUUGCCAUGGGACACUGUCGCCUCUGCCACGGAAAGUUUUCCUCACGAAGUCUCCGAAGCAUCUCUGACAGAGCCUCUGGGGACAGCUCAGAGAAACCUUCCCCAGGAGACCGGGUCUUCAUCAGGGACUUCCAGCACUUGUUGGGUGUGGCUGUGCACCAGGACUCAUCCUUGUCCCAGUUUGUCUGCAAGAGCUGCCAUGCCCAGUUCUACCAGUGCCACAGCCUCCUCAGGACCUUCUUACAGAGGGUCAACGUGUCCCCGACAGGCCAGCGAAAGUCUUGUGCAAAGGUCGGUGGUCAGCCCCCCACAGUCGCGGAGGAGGGAGUGUGUCUGGUGGAUCUGAUCACUUCGACUCCCCGGUGCCUGCAUGGCUUAGUGGGGUGGGUGCACGGACAUGCAGCCAGCUGUGGGGCCCUGCCCAGCCUUCAGAGAACACUGUCCUCCGAGUACUGUGGCAUCAUCCAGGCAGUGUGGGGCUGCAAUCAGGGCCAUGACUACACCAUGGACACCGAUUCCAGCUGCAGAGCCCUCUUGCUGGACAAUGCAUUGGCAGUCAAAUGGCCGUGGGACAAGGAGGUGGCACCACGGCUCAACCAGAACCUGGAGCCAGACCCUGCUGGGGCUGCCCCCCAGCUCUCUCAAGGCAGAGGAACCAUGGCUGGGGCUGAGACCAAGUUGCUGCCCAAUGUGGAUGCAGCCCCACCACCUUCAGAUGGCAGCUUUGUGGGGCCCAGGCUAGGGCCCCCACCUCGGCCAAGCCUCCCUCCAAGUGAGGCCCCAGGGAAAUUGGGUGAGAAGCUGGUUCCAUCUUCAACUUCGGAUGAUCGGGUAAAAGACGAGUUCAGUGACCUUUCUGAGGGAGACUUCCCGAGUGAAGAUGAAAAUGGCAAGAAGCAAAAUGCACAGUCUUCAGACGAGUCCUUUGAGCCUUACCCAGAAAAGAAGAUCUCUGGGAAGAAGAGUGAAAGCAAAGAGGCCAAGAAGACCGAAGAACCAAAAAUGCGAAAAAAGCCUGGGCCCAAGCCUGGAUGGAAGAAAAAGCUCCGCUGUGAGAGGGAGGAGCUACCCACCAUAUACAAGUGUCCUUACCAGGGCUGCACAGCCGUGUACCGCGGGGCCGAUGGCAUGAAGAAGCACAUCAAGGAGCAUCAUGAGGAGGUUCGGGAAAGGCCCUGUCCCCACCCUGGCUGUAACAAGGUGUUCAUGAUUGACCGCUACCUGCAACGCCACGUGAAACUUAUCCACACAGCUGAAAGGCCGAGCGCUGUACACAACUUACUACCGUGGAGCCUUUCCCUGUCGGGACUGGUUCUAUUACUGCAUCACGUACCUGGGGGUUUCACAGUGAAGUCAGCUGUGGGACAUUUUCCUGUAACAGACACUUCCGAGGUGCGCAACUAUAUCUGUGAUGAGUGUGGGCAGACCUUCAAGCAGCGGAAGCACCUUCUUGUCCAUCAGAUGCGCCACUCAGGAGCCAAACCUUUGCAGUGUGAGGUCUGUGGCUUCCAGUGCAGGCAGCGGGCAUCCCUCAAGUACCACAUGACCAAGCACAAGGCAGAGACUGAGCUGGACUUCGCCUGUGAUCAGUGUGGCCGACGGUUUGAGAAGGCGCACAACCUCAAUGUACACAUGUCCAUGGUCCACCCUCUGACACAGACCCAAGACAAGGCCCUGCCCUUGGAAGCAGAGGCCCCUCCUGGAGCCCGGAGCCCUUCUGGGACCACGGAGGGCCAGGCGGUGAAGCCAGAGCCUACCUGAGGACUGCCGGUGGGCCAGCAGGCAGGUCAGGCACCGUGAACUCAGGCGGGAUGUGGGGUUUCUCUAUUGCUUGCUCCUUGGAGCCCAGGGUGCACCCACUCCAUGGGGCAGGUGGGUGUGCUGUGUACUCCAUAGUUGCCUCUCUCUCCUCUGCCUUGGGACCAGCUGUUUCUUUUCCUACAACCCUGAGCAACUUGGGGCCAGACACAGAUUAUGAAUAAUUGAUUCCUUUUCCCAAUUAAAGCAAUCAAGGAGGUUUAUAAUCCACUUUUUAGUGCAACAUGAGCUCCUUGUGAUCCCUAUAAUAAAUUA